AUGGUGUUGCAUCAGGGAUCGGCUCUUAGCCCGUUUUUAUUUGCCUUAGCGUUAGAGGUGCUGACACGACACAUACAAGGGGAGGUGCCAUGGUGUAUGCUAUUUGCUGAUGACAUAGUCUUGAUUAACGAGACGCGAGAUGGAGUUAAUGCUAGGUUGGAAGUUUGGAGACAUACACUGGAAUCUAAGGGUUUCAAGCUAAGUUGGUCAAAAACUGAGUACUUGGAGUACAAGUUUAGUGAUAAUAUGCAUGAAAAAGGAGUGGAAGUGAAGAUUGGUACUCAAGUUGUCCCCAAAAGAGAUAGUUUCAAGUAUUUUGGGUUUAUUAUUCAAGGCAACCGGGAGAUUGACAAGGAUGUUACUCAUCGUAUUGGAGUGGGUUGA